AUGGCAUCCACGUACAAGUGGCUACUGGCUAACUUUUUGGAGGUCAUGAUGAACAAGCAUCCUAAAUUUGUUGUGACUGAUGCAGACGAGGCUAUGAAAGAGGCGAUUAAUGAGAUUUUUCCAAAUACAACCCAUAAAUUGUGCGGAUGGCAUCUUCAGAAAAAUGCUACUUUGAAAAUCAAGGACCCAGAAUUAUGUGAAUCAUUUCAGAAGUUCAUUUAUGCCAAGUGGGAUGUUGAUGAAUUUGAGGAGGAAUGGUCAAAAUUGGUUGAAGAGUUUGGUGGUAGUGACAUGUCAUGGAUUGACAAACAAUAUGAAAACAAAGAAAGCAUUAACAACUUCAUAAAGAGAUUUGUUCAUUCAAGGCACAACAUCUUAGAGUUGGUGGAGAAUCUUGAGCGGGCUUUACAAGAUUACCACAAUAAUAAGAUGGUUUCUCAAUUCAAGACAAUCAAUUCUGAUCCUGUUUUGACAACUGGCUUACCGUCUCUCGAGCUUUGUGCUACAAACAUCUAUACUAGAGAGAUAUUCAAACUAAGGGUCAAAAUAUUUAUAGUUGUAUAUGAUCGCAAUGAGAAGAAAUUGGAGUGUGAAUGCUGUCAUUGGGAUCAUGAAGGGUAUCCUUGUAGUAAUAUGUUGUGUGUGCUGAGACGAGAGGAUGUAGAUGAAUUUUCAGAAAGUCUAAUUCUAAAAAGAUGGACCCGAGAUGCAAAGAAGUAUACUAAUGAUCAAACAGUCGAAAGCACUGCAAAUGAUGCUGAAAAAGGUUUCUUAAUGAGAUAUGGUGCUAUGUCAGUUGCCACAAUGUGGAUGUCAUUCCUUGCGGCUCAAGAAGUUCCACUUUUUGGUGAUACGAUGAAUAAAGUUACUAGAUGGACCAAAGAUAUAGAGAAAAGGUGUAGCAUUAAAAGGCAAAAUGGUGUUACUGAUGUAUUGUAUCCUGCUGCUGAAUUUAUUGGUGAUCCAUGUGUCGCUAAGACUAAAGGUGCACCCAAACUCAAGAAGAAUGAAACUAGGAAAAGGUCAUGUUCAAAUUGCUUCGUGAAGGGUCAUACAAAGAGGCAUUGUCCAAAGUUGGUUGAUGAAGGUGACCGGAGCCAUGACCAUCUCCCUUCUCGAUGUACAGACACAGAUGAGCUUAUUUAUGCAAAGAUUGCUAAAUUUUAUAGGCAGCAAAAGAGCCUCUUGGUGCCACUAGGAGUGAGAAUAAUGGGUGCAACUGUAGUGCAAAAUCUAGUACUAAGCUCAUGGGUUCUCAAUCGAAUCUGUACUCACCGUAUUGGUUCAAUGAAUUCUGAUGGUUGUGUUCAAGUAUUUGAUUUGGAGAUUCUCAUGAACAGUAACACACUCCCUGGUAGUUGA